AUGUUGACCCGUUCGCCGCUCUUCGUGGCUUCGAUCGGUAACCCUCCGCCCCGAUGGCACAAGACCCUCCACUCAGCCGGUCACAUCCUCCUACGCGCGCUGGCCGAACACCUAGAUGCUCCCUUGCAGCCGAUGGCUCCGUACUCUCUGCCUGCCAACCCACCCCCAAGAGACUAUCCCGGCCCAUUCACCUCCCCCACCCAGCUCCCCAGCACGCAUACUCCAUUGUUCCUUUGGCAGUCGCCGACAUUGAUGAACAUAUCCGGCCCGACACUAGUAAGGGCGUAUGAAAAAUGGUGUGUGGAAAAGGGGGUGGUGGUUGGCGGUGUCGUCGGUGUAUCAAGAACAAACGCCGCAGCAGCAGCCGCGGGCACGGGCACGGGCACGGGCACGAGUACGAGUAUACUCUGCGACGAUAAAAGCCAAAGCCAAAGCCAAAGCCAAAGCCAAGGCAAAAGCAAAAGCCAAGAAGCCGAAACAAAACGUGCAAAGGACUCCCACAAGCCCAUCCCGCUAAACCUCAUCCUCCUCCACGACGACCUCGAGCUGUCACCAGGGAAACUCUCUGUGCGCCGCGGCGGCGCAUCCCUCUCUGCGCGCGGCCACAAUGGUAUUAAAAGCGUGGUGAAUAGUCUUGUGAAAGCCGGUAUGCUGUCGCCGGCGCGCGGGGCGGGGAAGAAAAAGGGCGGUAGCAGCGGCGGCGUUGUUGUUGGCAAUGUAGGGGCUCUCGACCCAACCCGUUUCCAGCUCACUCGGAUUGGGGUGGGCAUUGGGCGGCCUGCAAGUCGCGAGCCGGAGGAAGUGGCAGAGUAUGUGCUGGGGCGCAUGCCGGAUCGGCAGAUGGAGGUGACGGCAGGGUUGGUGGAGGAGUUAGUGAGGAUUUUGGAGAAGGAGGCUGAGAUGAUGGAUGGGGUAUGAGGGUUCGACGGAGAUGCGAUGGCGAAGGCUGCAUGGUAUGUGCUGUACGAUAAUGACAGGUUUAUAAUUUCUGCAUAGUUUUGGUUGGCUCCUAUAUUUGCUUUUGGUUUCAUUCCUGUUUUUCUGGAGGGGAUACCAUUUUGUUUCUUUUAUUGCCCAGAUACUCCUGUUCUUUUUAGACCUACACUUUCUGUAUACCUCGGUGUUGUUGCGCAUUCAUGAAAGCACCUAAAGGCGUUAUUGGCAAUGGAUAAAUUGGGGACAUCAAGAAAAUAAAAUGUUUAUCGAGCU